GCGGCCCAUACGGCUUGUGUGGGCCUGGGCUGUACGUAUCCACAGCCAGUGGCACUCGCUCACUUGGCACGGCCCCGUUCGGGCAGCCACACUCCUCCACUCGCUCCAUUCUGAACUCCAGCAAGCAGCCGCAGCGCGGCGGGGACGGCAACUCGACCCCAUCUCUGGCACCGGGACGGCGACCGUCUCACUGGUACCCGCCACUCCUUCUCUUCACGAGCGCUCCUCCUCCUCUCUCUCUCGGACCGAUGGCAACAGAGAACAAACCUCACUGGCAGCCACCGUCGUCGUGGUCAGCCCUCCCGCCGGACCUGGCAGGCCUGGUGCUCCGCCUGCUCCCCGCAUACGCCGACCACGCCCGGUUCGCCGCAGUGUGCCCACAGUGGCGUGCUGCAGCCAGGAAGCAGGUGAUGCCCCCGACAUUGCCGCUGCUCGCGCUCCCUGACGGCACCUUCUACAGCCUCCCCUACGAUGAGCGCUUCCGCUUCCCCGGCUGCGGCUUCGCUGGGUACAAGAGCGCCUAUGGCAGCUGGCUUGUCUUCCCCCGCGACGAUGGGUGCUUCCUUGUCAACCCCUUCUCCAGGGCCACCAUGACACUCCCUCCUCUCUUCAGCGUCCGACUCCGGCCUCCAAAUGCUGUCGCUAAGUGGAUACUCCAGGAUGGGUCAAAAGUUGCCGACCCUUACACUACAUGGAUGCAUAUCAAUGAUUCAGAGGAGCUGCACAUAAUUAAGCUACUUCUGUGCUCGCCAAACCUCGUUGCUGCACUGGUCGGUGUUGAAUACACCAGUCAGAUCCUAAUGUGCCAGCCAGGGGCCUUGUCAUGGUCGGUACGUGCAUGCGAUGAGUGUAAGGAUUUUGAAGACAUGGUGUUCUACCAGGGAAAGCUCUACGCCAUUGCCGAUGACGAGGACCUCCUUGUGGUGAACGUCAGCAGUGACCAAAGCACCGGCGAUCCACAGGUUUCUCGGGUUGGAAGGGUCAUCAAGGCCAAGGGUGACCGCUGCUACAAGGGGGACCUCAGCGUCUACCAUGUUGUGUGUCGAGAGAACUCUGUACCCGUCAUGCCCGUCAAGAAGGUCUAUCUGGUUGAAUCGUGUGGCGCGUUGCUGAUGGUACGCAGGAAGAUUUGGUGCCAGGCUCCUAGACCUGGAGUGACCUGUAAAAUUGUUGCUGGAAAGAGCGAGUUUGAGGUAUUCAAGGCUGACUUUGAGCACUCACAGUGGAUCAAGGUGUCGACCGUGGGGGAUGACCAGGUUCUGUUUCUAGGGCGAAGGUGCUCCAGGGCUCUGUCCGCGUCUCGGUAUGGCUUACUGGGCAAUCACAUCUUCUUUUUGGAUGACGAUGACGAGCAUCGUGUGGACUACUUCUACGAUGAGGACAACACAUCUUGCAGCUCCUACGACAUGAGACUCGGCGAUGUCUCUUCCCCUCAUCCAAUGAUUUCCUGGAAGCGCCGCAAGGAGAUGCGUCUGGCAGCAUGGCUAUUCCCCCAGGACUGAAUUGAAGGUGUUGCAUUGUUGUUGGUGUCCAGCCUUUAUUUUGCAAGCUGCUCACAGGUUAUCUAUCUGACUGGUAAACAUGGCGGUUGAUUAUGGUGUUCGGUGGUCCCACACAUGCCGUGAAAUGCCUUUGUAGAGUACUUAACUUUCUUACGCCGUUAGUUGCCAUUUAUCGUAAUUGUCUGAACUUAUUAUGGUGGUUACUAUGCAAGCUUUUAACUGCAUCGGUUUUCAACUGGCACUGGUUAUUUUGUUGUCAUGUUGUUUGGCGGUUAUUGUGCAAGCUGCUCACAUAUGUUAUCUAUCUGACCAUGGUAUGUAUGGUGGUUGGUAUAGUGUUCAGUGGUUCUCCUAGGAGCCGCAAAUUGCAUUAGUAGUAUCUAUCUGAACUUUGUUACUACUUUGUUUUUUUCAAUUAGUAUACUGUGGUUGUUGCUACGCC